GACCCGAUAACAUUGAACCCGACCCGCGAGUCCCAUUGAGUCCUUCUCGUUCUCUUCUCGCCGCGAUGCUGAGGCGGCUGCUGCUUCGUUCCUCGUCUUCUUCGAUCACGGCCGCCGCGCUUCAUGGGCAUCGAUUUCUCUCGCCUAAUCCCCAAAUCCAAGUAUUCACGCGCCAUUUCCUCGAUCUCCACAAGAUUGGGAGCAAAGAGGCGAUCGAGAAGGAGAAAGCUCGGAUUUCGGACGAAUUAAGCAGAGGAUACUUUGCUGACAUUUCGGAGAUCCGGAAAAAUGGUGGAAAGCAGAUUGCGAUGGCAAACAAAACUGUCAUUCCUUCGAUGGCAGCAGUGAAGUUUCCUGAUGUUGAAGUAAGCUUUUCUGAUGGUAGGAGUUUGAGGUUACCGGUAUCCUCUGAGCAAGCUGUGACUGAUGCAAGUGAUGUGGGAGUUUCUUUGGUAUGCCUUUCUUUUCGAGCAAAUUCUCAGGCAAUGGCUGAAUCAUGGACUGCUCCCUUUUUAGAUGCUUUCAGCACUUCAGGAAAAGUUCAAGUAUAUGAGGUUUCCUUCAUAGACUCUUGGCUACUCUCAUUAGCUCCUGUGAGGAAACUAUUCCUCAAGGUGAUGAAGAAAUCCAAUAUUCCUCAGCGACACAUUGUUUAUUCUUUUGGAGACCACUAUGACUUGCGGAAGAAACUUCAAAUACUGAAUCUUCUUACUGGGUAUAUAUUUCUUCUUGAUCAACUGGGAAGGGUUAGAUGGCAAGGAUUUGGAUUUGCGACUCAGGAUGAGCUGUCAUCCCUUUUAACAUGCACCUCUUUUUUGUUGAAUGAGAAAUGAGGUGAUUUUGUCUUACCUUGUUUCUUGAGUUCUAAAUGGAAUCUGUCCAAAUUUUGGUUGAGUGAAUAAGAACAGGUUUGUCAUUUUGUUGAAAUAAACUCUAAUCUUUUGUAACUCUAACAAGUGCUGUUUCUAGAAGUGAUAGUUUUCCAGUGAAAUGGUUAUUUAGUUACUGCUAUUACGGAAAGAUUUGUGUUUUUCUAUUUGUGAAAAUUUCUUUCUUUAAUCAUUCUGCUUACAAAGAUUGUUUAAACCUCAACCAAUGUCAUUGAUAUGGAACAUAUGACAAAUACUUUUCAUACCAUCUCAACAUCUUAACAUCCAUAGUCUGUAAACUAUACAAAUUUCUUUCCACUAAGUCAUAUUAAUAGGUGCUUCCAAACCUAGAAAGUAUCGUCAUUGUGUUGGUGCUUUUGAUUCAAUUGUUUUAACUGCAAUCAUAUCUCUUGUUAAAACAUUUGGGCUAUCCAUGAUCAUUUUCGGGCUUCCUUGUUUUGCCAUACUAUUAAAACAUUCAUACAGUUCCCUUGCCUUGUGUUAGACAGAAAUGUGGAAUUGGAUGUUAAAAAGAUUUUUGCAAUCAACUUGAAAUAGAUACUUUUAGCUAUCAUGGAUAAGCUGUUACCUGAAAGGCACUUAACUUGUGCAAGUUGAUAAUUAGUAUACAGAUGCUGACGUUAAUUGGCCAUACCGGGCAUUGAGCAAUUCCUGCCGUCACCUUCACUAUCCAUGUCUCCUACCAAGUAUAUGGCUUCUUAGCAGCAUUUCAUCCCUGUCCUUCAUGAUAGUUGUGUAUAUUAAAUAAUUCCAAUUCUCCUAAUCUUAGAACCUCAAUUAACAAUUAAAGUCAUACUAAAAUAGCAUCCUAUUUUUUAUGUUCACUAGCAUGAUCCUUGAAUAAAGGUUUUUGUCAUUCAGAAGUCAAUUUUGUUUAAUUUGGUCCAACUUGUGAGAAAUUAAAAAUACUCUAGACAUGUUUCAUAAUAAUGACUUCUAGUGAUAUAUCUCAAGAUUAAGUUUCUCUCUAGUCUUGUCUGGUGUUCUUAAAUUCUUAUACAAAUUUAUGCAUCAAAAACUGUAUCUUGCAUGUAUGAGUUCAGGAGAUGGGUCUGCAACUUAUCUGUGUAGACUUGAAAAAUAGAAACAAGAUAUGAUGGAUCAGAUAUGCAUGAUUCGGACAUCAUGCUUUGAACUGAUCAUGAUGUGAUGUCUUCAAUAACUAUCCUAUAAUAUUGUGUAUCACAAGUAGCAGAUGCAGUUUUCUCAUUGCAAAUUGAAAUCUGGUCUCUUUUAAAGGCCUCCAAGGAUAUUCUUUGUAAAAUUUUGACUUCGGUUGAGUACCCAAAUGGCAUUUUUCUUUUCUUCCAUUGUUUCUUAAUUUGGUUGUGGGUGUGUCAGGAUGUGGUGAUGUUCUGUCUAGAGCUUCUGUAGAUUAUGGGAGUGGAAUCUGCAGUUUGAUAUGAUUGUGGGAAACCAAACGUUCUAUUCUAGCAGAAGCAUCUCUCUGUUAUUAAUUUCUCUGUAUUAUUCAUAUCCUGAAUAUUGAUUAUGUAUGUGUUCUAUCUGACAUGGUCAUCUUCUGUCGUUGCCCAUUUUUGUGGCCCUUUGGGAUGAUGACAUGGUUAUGAACAUGGGUCACAAUCAACAAUGCACUCCAGAAUAUCUGCUACAGGUGUGCCUUCAGGAUUUAUCAUUUGUUACUGAAAUUUCAAAUUUUUUAUGCUACAGGUGUAUGUCUUCAGGAUUUAUCAUUUGUUACUGAAAUUUCAGAUUUUUUUACAUUAAUUAGUAUUGGAUCAGAACUGUGCAAUUGGAAACAAUCAUGCUUUCCAUAAAGGAAAUGUAGUAGCAGCAGUAGUGCCAUUAAUCAUUGCAAACUAUCAUGAAAGUAGAUUUUAGUUUAUUAUUCUGUUCGAUUGCGAAUUCUCUCCAAUAGACUAAGAUAGAGACAAUUCAUGGUAUCUUGCUUGAUUGAUCAAGGAUCUCCAGAUAGUGGCUUCCAUGGAUGUCCGAAUAUCUUCGACAUGAUGGCAAAUGGCUUGCGGUUAUUAUCAUAACUAUGAUAUAUUCUGCAAUUUGCUCACUAAAGUGGUCUUUUUUUUUUCGCUUCCAUUAUUUUGCAAGAUGUGUUCAGCAUAAUUCUGGUUAAUGAAUUAUUUGAGAAGAAAGCGGGAAAGUGACCGAAAAAGGUUCCUAUGUUAAAUCUCAUUUGAAUCAAAGAAGAAUGAAGGCAAAGUCUGUUGCACAGGUAUGGGCUUUUGGGCUUUUCAAUAUGUUUGCCUGACCAGAUUGCUGCAAUGUCUGCAGGAGCUGUUGCUGGAAUCACAACCAAAAGGGGUCGGUGCUCCACUGAAAGAAGAGCAAGACUUGGAAAAAGACACAAGGAGAAGAAACAAGGGGAAAGAACCUUGUAGUUGUAGGCAUUAAAAUAUGGGCACAGGUAUGUACCCAGGAUUCACUUGCUGCUUUUCAUGAAUGACAACAUUCACAAUUAAAAUCCGGUAAAAUACCAGAAAACUAAAGUUAAUAAUAGUAAAAAAAAAGUUUAUCACGCUUUCAAUAUUUCCUCUAAUUUUUUGCUUUCCCAUUGGUUUUAUACUGCUGUGCUUUUUUU